GAGUUUCGUGUCUUGGCGCUUUCAUCCCUUUAACGUCAGUUGAUUAAAGAAUCAAAGCGCUAAAGUUGUCUUUGGCCCCGAGUUGGAUAUAUUGUGCAGCAACCCUUACUGCAAUACAGUCCGCAUAAUCUCGCAUUCGGAGCAACACCAUGGCCUGUAACCAGAGUAAUCGUUUUCAACAGUUGGUAUCCAUCGAUGAAAAUCAACAGCAGGAACAGCAAGAGGAACAGCAACCUUACCCUGGAGGACCAAGGGUGAGAGGCGGCUGCACGGGGAUCUUGCACCUCUUUUCCAUCGCGGUCUUGCUGCUCGUUACAAUGGGCUUCUGCGUCUGCCUGAUGUACAACACACAGAAGGGGCUGAGGGACCUGAGGAAGAUGUCACAAGAGUUAAAGCUUGCACAGGAGUUGGGCAGAGCCAAAAUGCAAAUCUGUUCGAAUGAAGCUGGAGGAAACAAAGAGGACAAGAAAGAGAGCCAAGAAAAGGCGGCAGCACAUGUUAUAGGGCGAAUUGAAAAAGGGGUCUUCAGCAAAACGCUUCACUGGGAGGCGAACGUGGGUGCCGCAUUCACCGGCGGCGGCGUGGCCUACCAAGCGGAGGACGGCGCCUUGCGUGUCAACCAAAGCGGACUGUACCAUAUCUACUCACGGGUGGAGUUCAUCUUCAAGCAGUGCUCGCCCACGUCCUCCUUUUUCCACACAGUGUUUUUGAGGAGGUCGUCUGGGUACCCCGACGUGGCCCUGAUGGAGGCCUUCAAGGCCGGGUUCUGCCCCCAGCAGAAUGAGCCAAAUGAGCAACACGCCUGGACCGCCGACAGUUACCUGGCGUCGGCUCUGUGGCUGUGCCAGGACGACAGGGUCCUGGUCAAUGUGUCGCACCCCCAAUAUCUAAGCCACUCGAGCCAUGGCAACUUCUUUGGUCUCUACAAGAUCUGAUUGGGACACUUGAAGUUCAAGUUCUCGGGAGACUACAAUUGGUGGAUCACAGACUGUCACAGUGAACUCAAAUAUCCCUCAAUUGAUGCCCAACGAAUGUGAUGUGUGUAACAUAUGCACUGUUAAACACGAGCUUUUGAUGUAUAGUAAUGUAUAUAUUUAUAUAAUGUAUUUUUUUAAAGCAGUGGUGGGGAAACCUUCUCACCAGGUGUCAUUCAAAUUUGUUUUUAUUUUGUUGGGUUUUUGAUUUUUUUUUUUUUGCCAUUGUACAAUAAAACAAAGUAAAACUCCUCA